AUGUCCAGUACAACUCAUACAGCUAAACCGAUUACAAUUGAUCUUCGUAAAUAUAAGGAAAAAGAAAAUCGAAAAGGUGAAGGACUAUUAAAUGUUCAACAUGUAUCAUCAAACUCAGGCUCAAGUGGUUCAUUACCAAAAAGAUAUCAAAGUGUUUUUACUGAAGGUACACCAUUAACAUCAUUUGGUCUUAAAAAUGAUGAUCAUUAUACACGUUCACAUUCUCCUCCAAAUCAUAUUCAACCACAAAUUCAUCAACGACCACUUAAACCUGUCAAAGAAUUUCUUUCUGCAAAUUCAAAUAUCGAUCAACAACUAGAUGAUCGUCGACGUUCAUCUUCUCAAACAAAUGGUUUUACUCGUUCUCAAACAGAAGCAACUGUACAAAGUGUAAAUGUUGCCUUGACAAAAACAUUAAAUAAAUUACGUCCAGAACCAUUAAAUAGUGGUUCAACAACAAAUACUCGUUCAAGUUCAAUAUAUGCUGGAACAUCAUCUACUCGACCAAUGACAGCUCGUGUAACAACACAUCAUAAUACUGGUACAACAACAGCAACAGCAACAGCAACAUCAUCAUCAAAUUAUUAUUAUCAAUUAUCUGCUAAUACAAAAGGUCCAUUACCAGCUGAACUUUUAACAAGACGAUCAACAAGUUCAUUUGCAACAAAUAUUUUACCAAAUAGUACAACACAUAAUCGAGUUUCAACUGGAACUGGUCCACUUAUUCUACAUCAAUCAACAACAAUUAAAAAUGAAAUAAAAUCUAAUGAUAAUACAAAUAAUAGAAUAUCAACACCAUUACGUGUUCCUUCUAAAACUGUUGACAUUGGUUUACAUCAAUUAGAUGGAUUUAAUUUUGAUAAUGUUACUUUAGAUGAACAUAAUGAUAAAUCAAAAAUAGGAAAAUAUGAAAAAAAUCACCAAACAAUAACAAAAAUAACAUCUCAUAAACAAUCAUCAGCUCCACGUCCACCAACUGCUGAUAGUCAACAUCGAACAUUAACAGAAGUAAGUGUAAAUCCUCAAAUUCAAAGUUCUUUACAACAAAAUCCUGAUCAAUUACCAUAUUUACAUGAACCUAUUCAAAAUGUUGAAAAAUAUUCAAAUCAUCAUCAUAUUCAAGUUGAACCAACAAAUACAACUAAACGAAUAUCAUCUUCAAUAAAAGCUCAACAAAUAAUUGAUGUUCAACCAACAAUUAUUGUUCAACAUCAACGACCAACAUCAUCAACAUCAAGACCUAAUUCAGCAGCUAAUAUUAUUCUACCAUCAACAACUAAAGAUCCACUUAAUGAAGCUUAUAUUGAACGUGAUAAAUUAACUGUUGAAAAUGUUAAGAAUAAUAAUAAUAAUAAUAAUAAUGAUAGUACAUCAACACUUAAACAAUAUGAAAAUCAACAAGAAAAAAUUCGAAAUCUACCUAAUUCUUCAACACCACCACCAUCACCAUCAAAUAAAGAAUCAAAUCAUCUAUGGAGAAAACAACGAAAUAAAUAUUCGAUAAAAACAAAUGCAACAACUUUAAUUAAUCGAAAGAAUACAAAAACUAUUCGACCACCAGCUCGACUUAAAAAUUAUGAUUCAGAUUCAGAUUCAGAUUCAGAAACAACUGCUACUGAAACUCAAAGUAAAGAAGAUGAUAUAGCUCGUCGUCAUACUGUUCUACCGAGUGAUCUUGGUAGUGAUGCUUGGUCCGAUUUAACUAGUGAAUUUAGUGAUACUAAAUUACGUAAACAUCCAAAUAUUCGUACAUCAACGCCAAAUAUAACUCGAUAUAGUUCAAGUUUAAGUUCAAAAGAAGUUGGACAAAUACGAAAACAAUUAACUGAUCUUCAAAUAAUGUAUAAUGAUUUAUUAAAAUUACUUGAUAUUGAUAUUGAAUCAGUGAGAAGUAGUAUUAAAUCAAGUACUUCUUCACAAGCUGAACGUAGUGGACGAAAACAUCGUUUUAGAAAAGUAAUGCCUAUUAUGUCAAUGCAUCAUUCAAAUAAUGAUAUGAAAGAAAUAAAUCAACGUUUUACAAGAGUUGAAUCAUCAAUAGUAACAUUAGCUGAAUCCAUAGCUAAAUUAUCUGCACAAAUUCAAAUGCAACGUGUUAUUAAAGAUGAUGUUUAUAAUUUACGUCAAGAAGUAGCUGAACUUCGUCAACAAGUAUAUCAUCAAUAUCCUCGACAACAAUGUUCAACACCUGCUGGAGGAAGAACAUCAUCAAUGUCAACAACAUCUCAACAACAAUCACGUUUAAUAACAGCUAAUGUUCAACGUCUUGCUGCUGUUAAUAGUACAAAUCCAUUAAAUAUUUCAACAUCUUAUAUGCCAUCAACAUCAACUAUUUUACGCUCAAAUUCAAUUAUUGAUCCAAGACAAGCACGAAAAAUUGAGCAAUUUUUUGGUGCUGAAGCAAUGCUUCGUUAUUUUCUUAGUUUAUUAAAUUAUGAAGAGUAUGUUUCUGUACUUGAACAAGAAAAAAUUGGUUUUUAUGAAUUACCAUAUAUAAGCGAAAGAAAAUUACAAAGUCUUGGUAUACCAUAUGGACCUUGUGCUAGAAUUAUUUAUGAAGCACAACAAUAUUUUAUUUCACUUUUAACACUAAAAUCAAAUGGAAUUGAUGUAUAA